AUGGCGAACAAGGAGAUAAUCAUUAACGGCACUGAGUUGGAUCAAAUGGGGGAGAGCUCCUACGAUCUUGAUCAGCCCAGCGACGGUGGCAAUUAUGACGCUAGGGUUUCAGAGCUGAAUAGGAAGACCGAGUCUUUGGAGCGCGAGAAGCUUCAAAUGGUGAACUUGAAUUCGGAAAGCAAGGAGCGAAUCAAGAAAUUGAGCUUGGAGAUCGGAGAGCUUCAAAACGAUAACGCAUCGAAGAGGAAAAAGCUCAAAGAAAUGGAGAAGGAGAUUGAAUGGUCCGAAGAGGAGCUAAAGACUUUGGAGUCAGUGGCCAAGAGAGCAGUGGAGCUCAAGAUUGAGGUUUCGAGGAUGCAACAUGAUUUCGUCGAUGAGCAAAGGCGACGAGGCAAACAAGGAAGUAAGUGA